AUGGAGACACGGUCAAAGAGAUUCAACGCCUGCGGUUGAGUCCUUCGGACUUUCAAUCACUGCAGGUGAUUGGCCGAGGCGAGUUUGGUGAAGUGCACUUGGCAAAGACUAAAGGAGUAGGGCGAUAUAUAUGCUAUGAAGUUGCUGAAUAA